GUCCCUCCCAGCCUCCCAUUUUCUGUUUUGCUCUUUUCUAUGGCACAAAGACGGGACGAAGCAGACGUUCUUCUCCAAGCAAUGUCUCAGCGGCUAUAGCAGUGACAUAAAAGGCCCCUUCUCUUUCACUGUGGGGAAGGACCAGUACGUGAGGAUCAACGUCCUACAAUGCAACACAGAUUUGUGCAACUCGGCCCCACCUCAAGGUACGUUGUGGGUCUGUUUGAUUUGUCCCUAUUUCAGGCAACGGCCACAUCAACGAUUGCAGGGUGUGAGCUGGGUGUGACUCUAGCUCUCCGUGUGCCCCGGCCGAUGCACAUGGGCCAGCGGGAGGAGCACUUUGGAAGGGCAUUCGCUCAAAGCACAGGAAUAAACAGCUCCCACAUGCCAACAGGUUGCAUAUGGACAGCAAGGUCAUUGGACCGGCACUGGGAAGAGUCACACCCAGCAGCUCCGCACACCCCAUCUCCCUUGCUACAGUCGGACUGUUCAUGUGGACAAGCCCCAGCACAAUUGUAUUUGUUCCUGUUUCUCCCCGUUAUUGCCCCAAAGUCCAUUUCCUCACAUGGCAUUUCUGUCUCCAGUGAAAUCCUUGAAGCUGGCGGGAGUCCAGGCGGGGGUAGAACAGUCGGGGCCCGUCUCAAUCAGAUGGGUGGGGGUUGCAUGCGAAGGAGGGAGCAGCCACCGGGACAGGCUCAAAUCUAAACUUCCUGGCCCCUAUCGGCUCCCCCUUCACACUCGCCGGGAUCCAGAACUGAGCCAGUGCGGCCGUCGCCGACUGUUGUGUCCCAGACAGACGGAGAAAUGCCCCCGGCUGCAGGGAGGGGCCUGCACAUGCUGGGCGAGGCAGGGCCCAGCCCCCAGCUGGGACGAGGUUUCACCCACCCGGUAACCGUCUCUCUGUCUUUGUUCUCAGUGACCCCAGACACCACCCCGAAUGGGCUGCAGUGCCCAACCUGCUUUGCUCUGAACUUUGCUGCCUGCAACAGCCAGAUCACCCCCUGCACAGGGCAGGAGACCUAUUGCCUGAAUUACUUUGGCUUUCUGACCCAAGGUGCAUCUCGUUCCCCAUUUCAAGCACAGGGCUGCGCGUCGGCGUCUUCACAGGAGAUUAAACCCAGACGCAACCUGACUGUGGCAGCCUACACCUUUCAGUUUUAUUGGGGAAGCUCUGGUCCAGCAAAACCAAUACCCACCAGUCCCAGCAUCCCAUCUACAGUCACCACGACACCUCUUCCCUCUACAACCACCAUCCCUCCCCCUGCAAACACCACCAGUCCUGCCACAAAAACCACCCAUCCAGCCACAAACACCACUACGCCUGACAAAAAAACCACCCAUCCAGCCACAAACACCACUACGCCUGACAAAAAAACCACCCAUCCAGCCACAAACACCACUACGCCUGACAAAAAAACCACCCAUCCAGCCACAAACACCACUACGCCUGACAAAAAAACCACCCAUCCAGCCACAAACACCACUACGCCUGACAAAAAAACCACCCAUCCAGCCACAAACACCACUACGCCUGACAAAAAAACCACCCAUCCAGCCACAAACACCACUACGCCUGACAAAAAAACCACCCAUCCAGCCACAAACACCACUACGCCUGACAAAAAAACCACCCAUCCAGCCACAAACACCACUACGCCUGACAAAAAAACCACCCAUCCAGCCACAAACACCACUACGCCUGACAAAAAAACCACCCAUCCAGCCACAAACACCACUACGCCUGACAAAAAAACCAUCCAUCCAGCCACAGACACCACGAAAAACACCAUGCACUCUGUAGUUACAAGCACCACCAAGGGAGGCAGCCCGGCUCUGGGGAAAGUCCCCUUUGCCCUCUACCUGCCCGCCCUUAUGGGGCUGCUGCUGGUGAAGCUGCUCUCCUGACCCCCCAUCCUGGCUGGGCCCCGCCACGCCUGUAGCUUGUAAAUCAAGCCCGAAAUGUCAGCUGCCCCCACAAGACGGGGCAGG